UGCCUCGUGCAUGGCAAGACGAUGGAGCUCUUCUGCCAGACUGAUCAGGUCUGCAUCUGUUAUCUCUGCAUGUUCCAGGAGCACAAGAAUCACACUACAGUAACAGUAGAGGUCGAGAAGUCUGGCAAAGAGACGGAGCUCUCUCUGCAAAAGGAGCAACUGCAGCUCAAGAUCAUAGAGCUCGAAGACGAGGUGGAUAAGUGGCACAAGGAGAGAGAUCGUAUCAAGAACUUUACUACCAACGAGAAAGCCACCGUAGAGCAGCAUUUCAAAGAGCUGAUCCGUGACCUGGAGAAACAGCGCGAUGAAGUGAAGGCUGGCCUGGACCACAGGGAGAAGAUUGCUGUGGAGAAUAUCAAGGAGAUUGUGGAGGAGCUGGAAGAAAGGGCCAAGCUGCUGCAAGAGGAUAAGGAGACGAGGGAGCAGAUAGGCAUGAUCAGUGACUCGGUGCUCUUCUUGCAGGAAUUUGGAGCAAUGAUGAGGAAUUACGUCAUCCCGCCCUCUUUGCCGACAUACAGCAUCUUGCUGGAGGGUGAGAACAUGAGUCCAUCUAUGGGCCUGCUCAGGGAUGAUCUCCUGAAUGUAUGCAUGAGGCAUGUUGAGAAGAUCUGCAAGGCAGACCUCAGCAGGAACUUCAUUGAGAGGAAUCAUAUGGAAAAUGGUCUUUCAGGUGAUCACCGUUUCAUGAUGAACAGCAGCUACUCAGACUGGAACCAGCCAGAUAGCCUGAAGAGGUUCUCCAUGUUCUUGACUCCAAAAGGAGGCAGCAACAAUUACAACAGCCGAGCAUGGGAAUACUCUGCCAUGCAGACUGCGGAGGAGACAAUUUCUUCAGGGAACUCUGCUUUUUCUCUGAAAGCAUACCCUUCCAUAGUGAGGCACCAAGCCGCUAAGACCCAGCCACAAACAUGGAAAUCCUCCAAGCAGAGCCUGCUGUCUCACUACCGCCCCUUCUACGUCAACAAGGGCAACGGAGUCACUUCCAACGAAGCACCUUGA